CCCGGCUGUCGCUGAGGAGUGCACUCUGGGACCUCGGGCAGCACAGCCUGCGAGGGGGAGGGGGGCCCAGCUGGCGGCGAUGAAGCCGUCCUGGCUGCAGUGUCGCAAAGUCACCGGCGCCGGGGGACUCGGGGGGUCCCUGCCCGGGUCCUCUCCAGCCCGGGGAGCCGGCCCGGCCCGCAGGGCGUACGUGGCCCCCGGCCCGCGGGGCACUCUCGGGAGCCGGGGCUGCCGAGCGCUGUCGUCGGCAGGUGGUGGCGGCGAGUACAAGACCCACUUCGCGGCCUCGGUGGCCGACCCCGAGCGGUUCUGGGGCAAAGCGGCCGAGCAGAUCAGCUGGUACAAGCCCUGGACCAAAACGCUGGAGAACAGAUACCCGCCUUCCACGAGUUGGUUUGUGGAAGGAAUGCUUAACAUUUGUUACAAUGCCAUCGAUCGUCAUAUUGAAAAUGGUCAAGGAGAUAAGAUUGCUAUCAUCUACGACAGUCCUGUUACAAACACUAAAGCAACUAUUACCUACAAAGAGGUUCUGGAGCAGGUCUCUAAGCUGGCCGGUGUUUUGGUCAAGCAUGGUGUCAAGAAAGGUGACACCGUGGUUAUCUACAUGCCCAUGAUCCCGCAAGCGAUGUAUACCAUGCUGGCAUGUGCAAGGAUAGGAGCCAUCCACAGUCUCAUUUUUGGGGGAUUUGCAUCCAAAGAACUAAGCAGUCGUAUUGAUCAUGCAAAGCCCAAGGUGGUUGUUACAGCAUCAUUUGGGAUUGAACCUGGAAGAAGAGUAGAAUACAUUCCCCUUCUAGAAGAAGCACUGAGACUGGGACAACACAAGCCAGAUAACAUGCUCAUUUAUAAUCGUCCAAAUAUGGAGACAGUUCCUUUGGCUCCAGGUCGUGACCUCGAUUGGGAUGAAGAGAUGGCCAAAGCACAGUCACAUGACUGUGUUCCUGUUCUUUCAGAACACCCGCUGUAUAUUCUUUACACAUCCGGAACAACGGGGCUGCCCAAGGGUGUUGUUAGACCCACUGGGGGAUAUGCUGUGAUGCUAAACUGGACAAUGUCUUCUAUCUAUGGACUUAAACCUGGAGAGGUGUGGUGGGCAGCCUCUGACUUAGGCUGGGUUGUUGGCCAUUCCUAUAUCUGUUAUGGACCUCUUCUGCAUGGGAACACGACAGUCCUAUAUGAGGGGAAGCCUGUGGGAACACCUGAUGCUGGUGCUUAUUUCCGCGUGCUCGCGGAGCACGGAGUUGCUGCCUUGUUCACAGCACCGACUGCAAUUAGAGCCAUCCGUCAACAGGACCCUGGGGCAGCCUUGGGGAAGCAGUACUCUCUGACAAGGUUCAAAACAUUAUUUGUGGCUGGAGAACGAUGUGAUGUGGAGACCCUGGAAUGGUCCAAAAAGGUCUUCAGAGUACCUGUCUUAGACCACUGGUGGCAAACUGAGACUGGAUCCCCAAUUACAGCAUCAUGCAUUGGAUUAGGUAAUUCUAAAACACCUCCUCCAGGACAAGCAGGAAAAAGUGUUCCAGGAUACAAUGUUAUGAUUUUGGAUGACAACAUGCAAAAACUGAAGGCUCGAUGUUUAGGAAAUAUUGUGGUAAAGUUGCCAUUACCCCCUGGGGCUUUUUCAGGACUCUGGAAGAAUCAGGAAGCAUUCAAGCAUUUAUACUUUGAAAAAUUUCCUGUAAGAACUUUAUUAUACCUACUGGUUUUAAAUAAUUGUAAAAUUGCUGAAUAUUUUCCUGAGUACAAAUAUGAAUAUGAUGAUAAUGUGGAAUCUAACAGUUUCCUAGAUGACUCCAAUAUCAGAGGGAAUGAAGAAGCAUUCUUCUUCCCACUGCAGAGGCAAUCUCCUACCAAAGACUGGAUCCUGCAUCUUAUGAAGUCAGUCCUUUCCCAUGGUACUGUGGCCGACUGUGCUGUUGUCGGCAAGGAAGAUCCUUUGAAAGGUCACGUGCCCUUAGCGCUCUGUGUGUUGAGAAAAGAUAUAAAUACAACAGAGGAACAAGUUUUGGAAGAGAUUAUAAACCAUGUGAGACAGAGCAUUGGCCCUGUGGCUGCUUUUCGAAAUGCAGUGUUUGUCAAACAGUUACCCAAAACGAGGUCUGGCAAAAUUCCCCGGUCGGCUCUGUCUGCCCUUGUCAAUGGCAAGCCCUAUAAGAUAACACCUACAAUUGAAGACCCCAGCAUUUUUGGGCACAUAGAAGAAGUGCUGAAGCAGUCAUCAUGACUUUUUUCCCUAUUUUGAGUCAGUUUGAAUCCAUUUUCUAACUGGAGUCAGAUUUUUGGAAUUAUUUCCCAUAAAUAAAUAUUUAAAUAGAAAUUACUUGCAAACUGAAAUACGAAUUGUAAAGCUUGGUCUAAAAAACAAUACUUGAAGCCUAGUGAAAGACCUGUGCCUUCUGUUUGAUUAGAUCCAAAGAGCAUCUUUUUCAGUUGCCUAUAACAUGGCUCCUUAAAGGUUGUCUAGCACUUUAAGAAAAAUAUAUCUAAUGUAUGAUUUUUAAAAACUGAACCCCCCAAAUAUUUUAAUUGAAAGAGACACAUUAAUAUAGAGCUACUUCCUGAAAUGAGGAAUCUCUAGCUUUGACCCAAAACCUAAAACUCAAGUUGAAGUCCGAAAAUAAUUAUCAUUUUUCUUACAGAAAUUCUGAGUAUUUUCUAAUAUUCUUGAGAUGUCCCCAUGCCCCGUUAUUUUAAAUGAAAUUGAUAACACGGGAGGUUUUAGGUAAUCAUCUAGACAGAUGAUUUUCUAGAUAGGAGGAUCUGUCUCGUCAUACAUUUCCUGAGGGAAGGUUGGAUACCAGAGUACAGCUCUGCCUUCAGGCCAUUUUUAGUGAAGGAAAAUCACAUGCCUGACAGAUGCUAGAGGUCAUUUAAUCCGAUCUCUUUGUCAUGGAGAUGAGAGCUGUUUGGAGUUCCUCCUCCUGUCUCAGGUUCUUAAACUGUACACUUAAUGAUUCCAGCUUCCUAUCAAAACAAGCAAAUGACACAGAAAUGGGGUAAACUGACAAGGAAAGUUCUUAAGGAAGAAAUGUAAAAGUUUUUACAUUAUGCUAAAGACCAGGAAUUUUUAAGAAACCCCAAAUCCAGAUUUUUAUGUGAAAUCUCUAAUUCUUAAAUAAUAAUUCACUAAAAAAAAAUAUUGUGACCUCCAAACACAUUUUUCCAUUUAAACUUAUAGAAAAGUAUUGAGAAAUUAAGAAAAGUAAUUGAAAAUGAGUCUUUGUUACUAAGCUUAUGAUAAUGUGCCAGUUAGCCAGAGUAACUUGAUAGAGUUAAAUAUGUGAUUUACUUAGGAUUACUUAGGAUUCUACCUGAUAUCAGUUAUCAAAGAAUACAUUUAAAGUAAAAAAAUAUACCAUGCUCAUUGAGUCUUUGAUGGUGCUCAAAGUAUUUCCCAAUCUUUCAGUCCAUCAGGAACAUUAUUUUUAAGAGUAGCUGUCCUAACGUAAUAGUCUGGGCGCGAAAUAUACUUGAGAGAUAACACGUAAGAGCUUAUUUACUUGUUUCAUAAAAAUUACUUACAACCAGUGUAAGACAUUCUGAAAAUGAUAGCUUUUUUUUUGGACCAUAGGCUGUAUAAAUAAAUGGCUUCUCAAAGGAAA